AGGUCUGAGGGGCGAGAGAGGUUUAUUAUCAGUGGGGGAGAGCUGCAGCUGACGGGCUGGACGGGCUGGUCAGGGGGCUGCUCUGGUUUCAGAGGGUUUAGCGGGCUCGCGGACGGGCAGAUUAGAGCGAGAGUGGGGAUAUGGAUGCGUUGGCUUUAGAAGCCACCCAGCCUAAGAAGGUUGCGGCCCCCGCGGCGGCUCCGGGCCCCUCGGCCCCCGCGCCCACCAAGCGCAAACCCGCCAAAAAAACUAAGAAAGCUGUGGUCUUUUUCGAGGUGGAGAUUCUGGACGCCAAGACCAAGGACAAGCUCUGCUUCCUGGAUAAGGUGGAGCCCAAUGCGACCAUCGGAGAGAUCAAGUCGAUGUUCCACAGGAGCCACCCUCAGUGGUAUCCUGCCAGACAGUCCAUUCGUCUUGACCCCAAGGGGAAGUCUCUGAAGGAUGAAGAUGUUCUACAGCACCUUCCUGUGGGUACCACAGCAACCUUCUACUUCAGAGACCUCGGAGCACAGAUCAGCUGGGUCACGGUGUUUUUAACAGAGUACGCGGGUCCUCUGUUGAUCUACCUGAUGUUUUAUUUCCGGGUGCCGUUCAUCUACGCCCCCAAAUACGACUUCACCACCAGCAAGCACUGGGUCGUACAUUUGGCUUGUAUGUGUCACUCCUUCCACUACGUUAAGAGACUUCUAGAGACACUGUUCGUCCAUCGCUUCUCUCACGGGACGAUGCCGCUCCGCAACAUCUUUAAGAACUGCACGUAUUACUGGGGUUUUGCUGCAUGGAUGGCGUACUACAUCAACCACCCACUCUACACACCACCCAUUUAUGGGGAGCAGCAGGUGAAGAUGGCGCUCAUCAUCUUCCUGUUCUGUCAGAUCGGUAACUUCUCCAUCCACAUCGCACUGAGGAACCUCAGACCUCCAGGCUCUAAGACCAGGAAGAUUCCCUAUCCGACUAAAAACCCCUUCACCUGGAUCUUCCUGCUGGUGUCCUGCCCCAACUACACCUAUGAGUUGGGUUCCUGGCUGGGCUUCACUCUGAUGACGCAGUGUCUACCGGUGGCUUUCUUCACCCUGGUGGGCUUCAUCCAGAUGACCGUAUGGGCCAAAGGGAAACACCGCAGCUACCUGAAGGAGUUCCGCGACUACCCCCCUCUCCGCUCGCCCAUCCUGCCCUUUAUACUGUAGAGCGGCCUCGUUCCAAUCGCUCCAAUCGUUCCAAUCCACCACCAUCCAGCUGCCCUGCUUUCGUUCCCUAACCCUAAACCCUUAACUCUACCUAUCUGUUCAGAAACCUUCCAGAGUCCACCAACAACCAGCCAAGUUCAUCCUGAUUCCUCAGCUCUCCAACAGAGUCGGGCCGAGUCCCAAACGCAGCUUCGCCUUGACCCCUCGUUCCCUAAAUCCUUAACUCUAGCUGUCUGUUCAGAAACCUUCCCGAUUCCAUCAACAACCAGCCAACUUCAUCGGAUUCCUCAACUCUCCAACAGAGCCGGGCCGAGUCCCAAACGCAGCUUCGCCUCGACCCCUCGUUCCCUAAACGCUUCCCCUGUCUAAAGCCCUUCUCUCAGCACUGAAGAAGAACAACAACAACUUCAAAGCAUUACUUACAGCAUUAGCAAAAAGGUAUCGGUCAAAUAUACAGUUUUUUUCCUUUAAAUCCGAUGUAGUUGAUCAGUUAAGGCAUGUUUGGUGCCUCGCAAGAUGUUCUGGAACUAUGAUGCUAAUGUUGCUAAUUUAUAAUGAAAGCUUAUGUACACCGAUUAGCAUUACCUACAAAUGUGAGAUAGAAAUGAUCAACUACUUUGGGUUAAAGGGAAAUAAAGAGUAGAUAUGAUUUAUUUUUUGUCUGAGUAUUACUGUAAUGUCUGCAAAUAUGGUCCACAGUGAUCUUACAUCAAGAAAAUGAGACUGUUUUUUGGAGUGUAGAUGAGGUACGUGUAGGUUCAGUUGCUAUAGUGUUCAGACUGCAGGUAAUUCAGAAUAAUUUUUCAGAUCGGACUGUCCACACUGUUUGUGGACAUUUGAAAGUGACCACAUCCGAUUUGGACUUUCUCUUACUCUGGAUUUGAUGAGGUCGUUGUUUGUCAAGUUGCAAAUGAUGUGUAAAAGGCAAGUUCAGAUCCAAUCUGAGACCCAGACUGAGAUCUGGAUACACUUUUAUUGACCAAAAAUUGGAUUUGGACUGAAAGUCUGAAAACAGCUUCUGACAUCCGAUUCGACCAUCAAGAGUGUUCAGACUGUACAAAUCGGAUUAUAAUUAUGUUUCAAACCCUCAUUCAUAUGUUUUUGCAAAAACAUAUUUGAUUAUAGUCAGAUUUGAUUAUAGUCACCUUUCACACCACCUUCAAACAUGAUUUAUAUUUGAUCUAGAUAAGCCAAAAAUCUGAUUUGGCCUGGCAGUCUGAACAUAAUCUUUGAAAUCCAGUUGGAGCAUCCAGGCUGAGAAACAUCGGGACAGAUCUGAUUAUAGUCAUACAUUUGAAAACCACCAACUAAUGUGGUUUGCAUUUAAUUUGAAGAAAAAAAAUCAGAUUAAAUCAAUCUGGUUAUGGUCUAGAUAUGAGCCAAAUCAGAUUUAGUCUGAAUUUAGGCUGAAAGUCUGAACAUAGCCUUUAAAAUCUGAUUUUAGCUGUGUAGGCAAAUUUGAAACUAACAACAAAUGUAGGUUGGAUUUGAUUUGUAAAAAUAAAUGUGGCUAGAUAUUCCAAAAAAUCAGAUUUGAACGGGCAGUCUAAACUCCAAAUGUGGUUUGGUUCUGAUUUACAUCAGAUUUUUUGGUAGUCAGGCAAUUUUGGAUACCGUCUGGAUACAAUGUAGAUAUGAUCUGAUUUUGAGCUGGCAGUCUGAAAACAGUUUUUAAAAUCCAGUUUAAGCAUCCAGAUUGUUUAGACUGAGAUGAAUCUGUAAAAAUCCUGUUACGAGUCUCUUUCAAGCCAGCAGAUUAGGUUGAUAGUAAACGAUGCAGCGUUUCUGUAAUGGUACUGGAAGUGAUGUGAUGUAAUGUGAUGUAAUGACUACUAAAAUCAGAUUACAGUAAUUAUUUUACCCUCAGCUUAGCGCUUCAGUCUAGUUUUAAUAGUAUUGGUUCAUCAGCAGCAGUGCUGAUCUCUUCAACACUGUAAAAACCCUCCAAAAAUAUACAACAAAUAUAUAAUAAUGUUACUGGGCUAACAGUUAUAUGAUGUAUGAAGCAGAACAUAAACCUGACAGAGCACAAACGUUGGAUUAUCGCUGUUCUCGAUGAUUUAUUCUUGUUGAUUUCUUGAAAAAAGAAAAGAGAAAUGAAGAAAAUCGAAGCGUUCUCUGGCACUUUUGUCUGAACACUGUUUACCAAUAUUAUUGUUUACAUUCUAAAUACACACUUAUUAAUUGUUUUA